CCAGCCCACUUUGCGUAUGGAAAUAUGGCGGCCCCUGCUUCGACGACUACUCGAUAGACAUUUAUUCCUCGAAACUUCUUUGGACACGAAGAGAUACUGAAAACCAUUAGGGGUGUUCGUACCAGGGGUGUGUGCCUUGCUGUUGCGGAUGGUUUUUCCAGAGAAACAACCUGACAGCGCUCGGACAAACGCGAAAAAAGUCAGGUUGAGUGGCAGAGCUGAAGUGCCUCAGGUCCGGGUGUAACGAUAUCUGGAGCCCUGGAGAGAGAGAAGGAGAGAGAGAUAGAGAAGGGGAGGGAGGGAGGGAGAGAGAGACGGAAAGCCUGGACACGGAAGUCGAAGAGAGGAAUUUGGCAGCAGAUAAUAAACCCGUGAAGUGUGAGUGAGUGAGUGAGUGAGUGUGUGUGUGUGUAUAUAUGUAUGUGUGUGAAGUGUGUGUGUGUAUAUAUGUGUGUGUGUAACGUGUUGAAAAUAAGCUCGGGAUGAGUUCAGCCACUCGUUUAUUGUGCUCACGACUCGUUUGGAAAACUUGCCAACUAAGUUAACCUGUUGUUGACUAGCUAACUAGCUAACUAGCGAGUGAAGCUGAGGCGAAGUGCAGCCGAGCGAGGACCUGUUAGCUAGGCGAUGCUAAAAUACCUUUAACAUGAAACUCUAACUUUUCAUAGGUGAGUACUACCAUGUCAGAUUAUAUCACAUUACAGUGCACCAGGUGUUUAAUGGUAGAACAGGUAGACACUUUGAAUUAUUUAUAUAUAACUUGCACAAACGUUCCAGAGUAACUAUAAUAAUAGUAAUAAUAAUAAUAAUAAUAAUACUAUGACAUGCACUAAUAUUAAGUGUCAACUGACCACAUUCCUUUAAUUUUUAAGAAAAAAAAAUCUUCUGUGGAUGUAUUUAUAUUUAAUUUUUUAAAUGCCAAUGUAAAGAUAUACACUCUAUCUAUAUACCCCUAACGCAGAAAUACACUAUAGUUCUUUAAAUUUAUGCAAUUUUCAGUACGUUUUGUACUGAGAGUAACCAAAUCAUCGCUGUAAUAUCCUUUAUAAUUAACUGUAAAUGUUCUCAGGAUGAAUCUUUUUAAACGUGAUUGACAGUAAUAAUGGUUCUCCGCCAGGUUCUCAUACGUGCCUCGUACAUUACGAGGCUCCCGGAGGCUUUAGUCGUGUCGUGUUAGUUUGUUGAUGAAUUAUUAUUAUUUUUAUUAUUAUUGGUUUUCCCGAGAUGCCGAGGUCGUCGUUCCUAAACGCAGAAUGUAGUUGUACGUGCUCGCCUUUGUAAGCGUGUUAGGUUUUUUGGAACGUUUCGAUUUUCCGAUGUACUUUUUUACCCGUGUGUGGUGACGUCUAAAGAUCAGCACUUCUCGACUACUCGAUUCAUGACACAAAUAACAAAACCGGCGAAGAUCCGGGUCGGCCUUGCCACUGUGGUGGGCAGGGAAAAGAGUCACGUUUUGGGAUCUGGGAUCUGGAGCUCAGACAAUCACGAGCCACGCUGACGGAGAGCGUGCUCCUUUACGAGAAAGUGGCUUUCACGACGGAGAAGCUCCCGUCGGGCAAGUUUCAGUCCACCGCUCUGAGCUCGGGAUCGUAAUCGAUUGUGAUUCCCGGCUCCGGCCUGGCAUCCUGCCCUUAUGGGGCAGCAGCCAGGGAAGUUUGUUGGCGACCAACGGAGGCCGAGUCUGCCUGCUCUGAACUUCAUCAAGAGCGGAGGGAAGAGGGACUCGUCACGCCAUGGACCUCAGCCCUGCAACGUGUUUGCAGUUCACGAAGCUCUUCAGCGACCGGACUUUGAGCCCUCUGGUCUGUCUGAGGCGGCGCGCUGGAACUCCAAAGAGAACCUGUUGGCAGGACCUAGUGAAAAUGACCCCAAUCUGUUUCUAGCACUGUACGACUUUGUUGCGAGUGGUGACAACACGCUCAGCAUCACUAAAGGAGAGAAGCUGCGAGUGCUAGGUUACAAUCACAAUGGCGAGUGGUGUGAAGCGCAGUCCAAGAACGGUCAGGGCUGGGUGCCCAGCAACUACAUCACUCCCGUCAACAGUCUGGAGAAGCACAGCUGGUACCACGGGCCGGUGUCCCGCAACGCUGCCGAGUACCUGCUCAGCAGCGGCAUCAACGGCAGCUUCCUGGUGCGAGAGAGCGAGAGCAGUCCAGGCCAGCGGUCCAUCUCACUACGCUACGAGGGUCGAGUCUACCACUACCGCAUCAACACGGCUUCUGACGGCAAGCUCUAUGUAUCGUCAGAGAGUCGUUUCAACACACUGGCCGAGUUGGUGCAUCACCAUUCCACCGUCGCGGAUGGCCUCAUUACGACACUACACUACCCAGCGCCCAAACGUAACAAGCCCACGAUCUACGGCGUCUCGCCAAACUACGACAAGUGGGAGAUGGAGCGCACGGACAUUACUAUGAAACACAAGCUGGGCGGAGGCCAGUAUGGAGAGGUCUACGAGGGAGUGUGGAAAAAGUACAAUCUCACCGUCGCUGUCAAAACACUAAAGGAGGACACAAUGGAGGUAGAAGAGUUCCUAAAGGAGGCGGCAGUCAUGAAAGAAAUCAAACAUCCCAAUUUGGUCCAACUAUUAGGUGUUUGCACACGGGAGCCACCCUUCUACAUCAUCACUGAGUUCAUGACCCACGGUAACCUGCUGGACUACCUGCGUGAGUGUAACCGCGAGGAGGUCAACGCCGUGGUGCUGCUCUACAUGGCCACUCAGAUUUCCUCUGCAAUGGAGUACUUGGAGAAGAAGAAUUUUAUUCACAGGGACUUGGCUGCCCGCAACUGCUUGGUCGGGGAGAACCACUUGGUGAAGGUAGCAGAUUUUGGUUUGAGUCGUCUGAUGACGGGAGACACAUACACAGCUCACGCCGGAGCCAAGUUUCCUAUCAAAUGGACUGCACCAGAAAGCCUGGCAUAUAAUAAAUUCUCGAUCAAAUCAGAUGUAUGGGCUUUUGGAGUGCUGCUAUGGGAGAUUGCCACCUAUGGGAUGUCCCCAUACCCUGGGAUUGAUUUGUCCCAGGUAUAUGAGCUACUUGAGAAGGACUAUCGCAUGGACAGACCUGAGGGAUGCCCAGAGAAGGUCUAUGAACUAAUGAGAGCCUGUUGGAAAUGGAACCCAGCAGAGAGGCCGUCCUUUGCCGAGACCCACCAAGCGUUUGAAACUAUGUUUCAGGAAUCCAGCAUCUCAGACGAGGUGGAGAAAGAAUUGGGGAAGAAGGGUAAAAAGCUGACACUUGGCUCCAUACAGCAGGCCCCGGAGCUACCGACCAAAACUAGGACGAUACGCAGACCCAUGGAGAAAGAUGGAGACAGCCCAGACGGUGCGGAGGCAGAGGUAGCGGUGUCGCCGAUGCUUCCUCGAAAAGAGAGGCUUAUAGUAGAUAGCAAUCUAAACGAGGAACCAAAAUCGAAGACCAGCCUCAACCCCUUGAUCAGCUUAAUCAAAAAGAAAAAGAAAACCGCUCCGACCCCUCCAACACGCAGCAGUUCCUUUAGGCACCCCAGGGAUGAUUUUAACAAUGGCUCUUCGUUUAAUGACGCCACGCUAGGCAUCGACCCUUCGAAGUUCCUCUGCCUCAAUAAUAAUGGAGCUGGAGGUGUCAGCAACGGAGCACCCGCAUAUCCGGGUCAGGUGUUUCCUCCACACCCGCGGAAAAAGGGCACACAAGGAACUUCCAGUGUUGGGAGACUCGCUACGACGCCCCCGGGUGAGGAAGAUCUGUCCAACUCAAAGCGCUUUCAGAGGUCCUCAUCAGCCUCCAGCAUGCCCCCAGGGUCAGACCGCACAGAGUGGAAGUCGGUCACACUCCCCCGUGAUGUGCAGUCUCGCCACUUCGACUCGAGCACCUUGGGAAGCAAGCCUGCCCUGCCUCGCAAGAGCACACCACGCGGUGGCACUCUUACCCCACCCCCACGCCUGUCCAAGAAGGCCGAAGACGCUUUAGACGAGGUUUUUAAGGAUAGUGAAUCUAGUCCCGGAUCAAGCCCCCAGACGCUGACCCCCAAGUUGGGUCAUCGGCCGCAAACGCAGAGCGAAAACUCCAAAACUAGUGCCUUCCAAGCAGACCUGCUUAAAUCGAACGCACUCUCUGCCCUCGGAGCGGCUGGGGAGGAGUGCAGAGCACGCAGACACAAACAACCUCUAGAUAUCUCGGGUCAGCGAGAGAAGGAUAGGGGGAAGUUUCCAAAGUCCAAGCCAGCUCCUCCUCCACCUCCACCCUCGAGUGUCAAAUCUGGGAAGGUUUCACGGAGCCCCACGCAAGACCUAACCGCUGACGCUAAAGUCAAAGUCAGCCUUGACCUAAGUCCCUCUGGCUCUGAUCAAGCCAGGUCCUUCUUGCCCCAGGAAAGUACCAAAAAACUUAGCACCUCAAAAGCACAGCCAUCAAAGACCGCACCCACUUCUCCGACCAGUCAGCCACUGGGAGUAGUGGCCAGCUCACCUGCUGGAGAUCAGGGCUUGGCUACGGCUUUCAUCCCGCUUGUGACUACACGCCGCUCUUUGAGGAAAACGCGUCAGAACGAACGUAUUCCCAACUCGACCAUCACACGAGAGAUGGUCCUGGAGAGCACAGAGCUUCUGCGUGCUGCCAUCAGCAGGAACUCUGAGCAAACAGGCAGUCAUAAUGCGGUUUUGGAGGCUGGCAACAACCUGUCCAAGUACUGCCUGAGCUACGUGGACUCCAUACAGCAGAUGAGGAACAAGUUUGCAUUCCGUGAGGCCAUUAACAAGCUGGAGAACAGCCUGAGGGAGCUGCAGAUCUGCCCUACAGCCACUGGGGGCGCUAGCACACCACAAGACUUCACCAAGCUCCUAUCCUCUGUCAAGGAGAUUAGUGACAUUGUCCAGAGCGCUCUCGGAUUGGGAUUUGACAGAAGAGCUUCGGUUCAUUUUCUAUAGAAAGCAGCACGGACAGAGUUGUGCCAGCUACAAGCUCGAUCACAGCAGGUAACGACUUAGACACGGACUUCAUGGUAGAUGCUUCUCCUAAUCCAAGGCUGAUCAUAAACUGAUUUCAGUUUGAACGUUUAUGGAAGGAGUCUCCAGUGUCGAAGUUUUCCAUGACCGGAUUUCCUCCUCGAGGAAACACCACCAGUUUCUCAGUAACAUGACGAUAUGCUUUAUUUUGUCCAAGGUAGUGAUGUAUAUAAAAAUACACUACCAGUCAAAAGUUUAAACACACUCAUUAUUUAUUUUUAUAUAUUUUCCCCACAUUUUAGAAUAAUAAUAAAGUCAUCAACACAAAUGGAACUAUGGGAA